AUGCGAUCGAACAAUCGUCCACCAACCCCCCGCCGCGCAGGAACACGGCAAUACUCGCGAUAUUAUCGCGAAUUCCAACUCGAGCAGCAGGCAAAUAACAGCCCGCAACAACCAAACGACGCGAACAACCAGCCGCCAGCUAAUGCGGCUCCAAAUCAACCAGCAACUCCAGCUCGUCGACAAGUGGUAGUCGAGCUUAUUCCAAACUCGCCUCGUAAUCAACUAUUUGGCGACGGGUCACCUGGAGAAGAACAAGCGCCUACGCCAACUAGCCGACGUAGUUUCGGGACUUUUGUCCAAGAUUCUCCCGACGUUGCGCCCUCUGAAAGUGGAAUGGAAGGCAACAACGACUUGCUUAUGGGACCGUCCGACGAUCGUGGCGCACAGUACCAGGCAAUGUCUCGGCGUCGGUGGGCCUUUGGAAAUAGAACCGAUGAAGCUCGAAAUGCCAUUCGGGAUGACGAGCGCGCAAACGCGCACAAACGCACCCAGGUAACUCCGUGGAUCAAGAAAAAGAACAAAAAAAUUGUUCGGUACUACGCGAUUGAAGAUUCGGAUUCGAGCACUCUCCCCGACACUCCGUCGCCAAUUUUCGAGCCAGUGCCCGAAAUAAACACCCCCUCGCCACCAAAACGAGCGAGAAGAAAUUUGCUGCAAGAAUUCAACCAGGGUCGUCCGGCCGAAUCAAUUGACGCAGCUAUCCCCUUUGUCGAGCGGGAAUUUGUACCCGGCAAGUAUCUGAUCCGGGUUUACGAAGAAGGACCCCCAUUCCUCACGGAGAGAAUGUGCAGCGAUUCCUACACAACUUCAGGCGCCGCUUAUUCCGCAUUCCCCUUUAACGCGCCCAUUCGAGGGCACAAUAUCAACACCUUAGACGAUGCGCUGACCAUUCUUCGUGGAAUGUUUGAGAAAGACAACGCAGAUCUUGCCAAGCUCAAGCAAGAACUAGAGCAAGGAGAGUUCGUCUGCGUUCUUGAGUUCAAAACUCUGAUGAUUUGCAUUGGAAAAGCGCUCGUUUUUCCCUGCUUUGAGUAA